UAAUUUGAAGCAGGGAUGUUGAAGUUUGAACCUCCCACGAAUCCUCUCGUCUUUGUGUGCUUGAAUAUCGUCGUAGGAUGAGCGAGGAGGAGAAGGAGAAAGAGAAAUAAAUGGUGGCAGAGGAGGAGCUAGGGACCUUAUCUGAGGAGCGACGGGUGUACCGGGUUUAGCCUCGCCACAGCACAGCACCACGAGGUCAGAGAAUUGUCGGGCUUGCUUGUCGAGGAUGGUACUCUUCAUGUGCCCGCACACACACUCGGAGCCAAUGUCGGUGCCUGGCUGGGCCGCACCUUAAAAGCUGCCAUCUCACUUGUCUAAAUCUGUUUGCGCAAGGUUUAUAUUAUAAGAAAGAUCCGGAUUCGGCAUCCACAGGCGAGACCGGAUGCGCUGCGUUGGCAGCCACGCACACAUCCAGGCUGGAGUGUCUUUUGUCGUCAACCUCACAUGACCUUGGCGGUGAAGGGCCACUGCUUGGACCUUUUCCGCGGGACUCGCCUCGCGCUCAGAAAUCCGCAUCCAUCUCCUCGCGAAUCGAUUCCUCCGCUGUUUUCUAUCGAAUUCCCGACUCAUUGCAUGUGCUAAUACGGGUGGAGAAGGUCUUGGUCCAUCAUUUUCUUUGCCGCUCUUGCAUCUCGCGCUGGCGGAGGUGUGAGAUUCAGUCCGCGAUUCGGGACGCCAGAGGUUUUUUUUUAAAAAAAUCUUGUUUCAGCUGCAUUGGGCUAUUUUUCGGGCUUGUUGCAGUCUGAGAUUUACGGUGAGGCAACUAGCCGUGCGUAGGCCUUGAUUAUUUUGUGCCAAGAUGAUGCAAACGCGGAAAGACAUCUUGGAGAUCGACCGGGAGAGUGUUAUAGUUAUCUCCAAAUCUAAGCUUAUAGAUGGCUUGCUCAAUCUCAUAGGGCCGGAUGAGAGAGUGGAGUUCAAAAUCCUUUGCAGACGUAUUGAAUCAACAAUUCGAGCUUGGUACAACCUGAAGUUUGAAGAGAUGAAUCAACUGUAUUCACUUUUUGAUCCAGUUCAUGGGCGAAAGAAAUUGGAGUCACUGCAUCUCAGUCCUGCAAAGGUCGAUAAAAUGGAGCAGCGAUUCCUGAAAACCUUGUUCCAGGUGAUGGAGCAGAGCAACUUCCAAAUACUCAGCGAUGCUGAAGUAGAGCUGGCAAAUGCAGGCCAGUAUCUUGUGAACAUGCCAAUUGCAGUUAAUAAAUCCAAGUUAGACAAGAAGCUUUUGACCACGUUUUUCAAAGAAAACAAAGUUGAUCAAGUGCCUUCGUAUGCGGAUCAGUACGUUAUCUUUCGACGUGGAAUUGGAAUCGACAAAACCACAGAUUACUUCAUUCUGCCCAAGUUGGAUCUCCUCAUUGAACGCACUUGGAACUGGUUUUUGGAAAAAUUGGGAUUUUCGAAGGUGAAAAAUGAGCAACUUGUUCAUGUGCACUCUCUCUCAAGAAAGCGAGUUGAAGACCAGAAUACACUGCAAGGCAACACACAGAAUGAAGACAAAGAUUCAGGAGCUGAUGCUCAUAAUCUCCGCUUUGAACGUAUUCGAAUUCAGAAUAUGGAUAUCAGUUUCCAGAAUCUCUUCACUCAAAAUACGGUACAGGAGCCUACAUUUGACCGCAUGAUCGUAGUUUACAGGCGUGCUUCUAAACCACAUCAUAUAAUUGACCCACUUGGGGACCGGGCCAUACACAUCCGGCAUUUUCGAAACAUUCCUUUGGCAGACAUGGAGCUUGUGCUUCCUGAGAAGAAAAAUCCAGGUUUGACACCUAUGGAUUGGGUCAAGUUGUUGAUAUCGGCAUUGGUUGGCCUGGUUGCUUUGUUUGGCUCGACAGAAGUAGGGGAGGGUGAUGUAUGGGUGCUACUCGCAAUCUUGGGCGGCAUUGUUGGAUACAUUGUGAAGAUAUAUUUCACAUUCCAGGCCAAUCUCGUGCUGUACCAAAAUCUUAUCACUCAAUCCUUGUAUGACAAGCAACUUGAUAGCGGAAGGGGGACCAUACUCCAUUUAUGUGAUGAUGUUAUCCAACAAGAGGUAAAGGAAGUUAUCAUGGCUUACUUCGUUUUAAUGAGUCAAGGCAAAGCUACCGAUCAAGAAUUAGAUAGGCGGUGCGAGGAGUUAAUGACCACAAAAUUUGGUGAAAAAUGCGACUUUGAUGUACAUGAUGCACUGGUAAAGUUGGAAAAGCUCGAUAUCAUUACAAAAGACGUUAAUGGGAGAUACUCUCAUCAACCGCUGAAGAAAGCCAACAAUGCCAUUGGUCAAACCACUGACGAGAAGGUCGAAAUGACAAUUGGACGAUGAUUUUAUACGAUAAUUAGGGCGGUCUAACCAUCGAAGAGUUGUCCUAGAGUUUCAAAAUUAAGGAAACAUUGGGAUAGGUAGAACUCUGGCUUAGAUCUAGGUAAGAAUUUGCUAUUCAAUCUUGUGUACAUUGAAUAACGAACUUAAUUUUGGAUUGAUGAAUCAUCAACGCCUCCAUAAUUCA